AUGACAUCGAUAUUAUCACCACCGCCAAGCCAUGCACUUCCUCCAUUAUCACAAGUUCCCACUCCACAACAACAGCCACAGCCAGCCCCGCAGCAUCAGCAACAAUCUCCUUCACUGUCACAGCAGUCCGCCCCUACUUCGGCGGACGCCUGUCUAAGCAUCGUGCACAGUUUGAUGUGUCACAGGCAGGGCGGUGAAAGUGAAUCCUUCUCUAAAAGAGCCAUAGAAAGUUUGGUGAAGAAGCUGAAAGAGAAACGAGAUGAGUUGGACAGUUUGAUUACCGCAGUGACUACGAGUGGGGCACAUCCAACCAAGUGUGUCACGAUACCAAGAACUCUUGAUGGCCGACUACAAGUUGCUGGUCGAAAAGGAUUUCCCCAUGUUGUUUACUCCCGCAUAUGGAGAUGGCCAGAUCUUCAUAAAAAUGAACUGAAGCACAUCAAAUAUUGUCAGUAUGCUUUCGAUUUGAAACAAGACAGUGUCUGUAUAAACCCGUAUCAUUAUGAAAGAGUAGUCUGCCCUGGAAUAGAUCUCAGCGGACUAAGCAUAGAUCCAAAUUGUAAGUUUCAAAAUUUGCCUCCUUCUUCGUCAGUUGGGGCCGGUACACAACAUUCAAAUAACCAAUCAGAUGAGAAGAGUGUCGAGUCGACAGCUUAUAACAUUCAAACUGCAACGUCAUUAGACAGCUGUUGCCAAGGAAGGUGUGAUUCUUGGAAUGAUAACAACAUAAAUAAUAAUAAUAAUAAAAAUAACACUAGUAACAUCUGCAGUAAUAACAACAAUGACAGCAACAACAAUAAUAAUAAUGAAUCAACACAAGUAGUUGCAUCGUCGUCAUCAUCGUCGUCAUCAUCGUCGUCAUCAACAACAACAACAUCUUACCUAGACCACAACAGCAACAUCCAACAUCAUCAACAACGUCAACAAAAACAUCAGCAACAUCAAAAACAACAUCAACAGCAGCCUGCUUUGGCCCACCAACAUUCUUAUUGGUCAUCCCAUGUUUCAAGCAUGUUGCAAGCUCCUCUAUCCAGUUUGCCACCCCCAGAGUAUUGGUCAACAAUAACUUACUUUGAGCUGGACCAACAAGUGGGUGAGACAUUCAAGGUGCCAUCCAUAUACCCAUCAGUCAUUGUUGAUGGCUACACCGACCCGUCCAGUUGCAACAGGUUCUGCCUAGGGAAACUUUCCAACGUCCACAGGACAGAAGCUAGCGAGAGAGCAAGGUGGUUAUACAUUGGAAAGGGAAUUCAAUUGAUCUUGCAGGGGGAGGGGGAUGUCUGGAUCAGGUGUCUGGGCAACCACAGUGUCUUUGCAAACAGUUUCUAUUUGGACCAGGUGCAUGGUCGAGCACCUGGUGAUGCUGUCCAUAAAAUUUAUCAUGAUGCUCAUAUCAAGGUCUUCGAUUUGAAGCAAUGCCACAUGCAAAUUCAACAGCAGACAGCAAGCUCCUUAGCUGCAAUAGCUGCCCAAGCAGCUGCUGUAGCAGGCAAUGUACAGGGUAUGCAUGGUGUUGGUGGCAUCGCCCCUGCCAUAAGCCUAUCGGCUGCCGCAGGGAUAUGCGUAGACGAUCUUCGAAAGCUUUGUUCUUUCCAGUUAAGUUUCGUGAAGGGCUGGGGACUAGACUACCCUCGUCGAACGAUCAAAGAGACUCCAUGUUGGAUAGAAAUUCAACUACACAGGCCUCUUCAGUUGUUGGAUGAAUUGUUACAAUCCAUGCCACUACUAGGCCAUUCGGAUCCAAGGAACCGAGCUAGAUUGGGCAGAGGAUUUAUGCUGCCUUGA